AUGACUGCGAUGGAGGAUACUGCAAGCCCAGCCAAGCAAGAUCGGGAACGGAUGGCUACCGUUAUGAUCAAAUAUGAAUUCGAAGACAUUGAGCAGAGCAAAAGCUUACAGAUUGAGGAAAAUAGCAACCAGCGCACGCGCAAUCAAUUCCGCCCCCGACCUGGCGGCAAACAGGGUACCACCAGCUACCAGCUGCGACAGUAUGCCGAAGCGACUCUGGGAGGUGGAAGUCUACGAAAGAUUGUGAAGCUGCCAGAGGGAGAGGAUGAGAAUGAAUGGCUAGCGGUUAACAUGGUGGAUUUUUACAACCAGAUCAACCUCCUGUACGGCGCCAUCACUGAGUUCUGCUCCCCCCAGUCUUGCCCGGAGAUGAAGGCAACAGACGAGUUCGAGUAUCUGUGGCAGGAUAAUGAGAACUACAAGCGUCCAACCAAGAUGGCUGCACCUGCCUACAUCGAGCAGUUGAUGACCUGGGUGCAAGGCAAUAUCGACAAUGAAGCUGUUCUUCCCAGUCGAAUUGGUGUGCCUUUCCCAAAGACUUUCCCUUCUUUGGUUCGACAGAUAUUCAAGCGCAUGUACCGUGUCUACGCACACAUCUACUGCCACCACUACCCUGUCAUCCGUGAGCUUGGCCUGGAACCUCAUCUGAACACCAGCUUCAAGCAGUAUGUGCUGUUCAUCGACGAGCAUAAUCUGGCAAGCGGCAAGGACUUCUGGGGUCCCCUUGGUGAUUUGGUCGACAGCAUGUUGCGGAGCGACUAG